AUGAGUUGUCCACGUCCGGCGGAGCAUUUGGGGUCGCAGCGACACCGCAACGAGGAGAUCUCCGGCCGACGGCACAAUGAAAGUGCACUAUUAUUAGAGGGGGACAAACAAAGGCGGGACGGGACGCCGCGGGCGCGCUUUCGCGCCGUUGUCGGUUUCCGGGAAAAGAUGGCCGGCCGCGAUUACCCGCGCCGCCGACUCGACCGUUCUAAAUCAUUAUCUGCGCCGCGAAAAAAC